AUGCAGAAAGUUCUCGGUCCGUUCUCGGUUGGACCUAGGGCGUGUACUGGACGCAAUCUAGCAUUUAUGGAGCUGCAAACUAUCAUUGCUUCCAUCUUUCGUCGUUAUGAUAUUGUGCUCGAAGAGCCAGACAAGCCCCUUGGCGUUCACGAAGGGUUCGUCCGAAAGCCGAUUGACUGUCGUAUCGGUUUGAAACGGCGUGAUUUGUGA